AAUAUUUUCCAAAAUUCGUGACAUGAAACGACGCGUUUAGAAAGAUUUUCUUUGAAUCGAAAUUAAUUAAAAUAAUGAUUUUAUUGAAUUGAAUUUUUUUUCAUUGAGUAAAAGCAUUAAUCAACAAUGGAAGCUGUUACAUCUCCAACUGAGUUGAAGACCAUGCAGCUGAACGACCAAAAAGCUGGCAUGCAAGGUCUGGACAAGGAACAUAUCAAUAAAAUUAUCUAUGAAGCAUCUAAAGGCACCCCUUACUUUGCGUUCCAAGAGAAGAGACAGAAAUCCAUUGAUCGUAGAGUAAAAGAGUUUAAAUCUGUUCUUCAGCGAAUAACUGAUGCUGAACGAAGUGCAUCUCUUAAAAAGAUGAAUAUUCUGUGUGCUUCUUUGGAAGCUGAAAGGGAUCUCUCUCAUUCUAUUGUCCAUAUUGAUAUGGAUGCUUUCUAUGCUGCUGUUGAAAUGGAAGAUAACCCCAAGCUCAAAGGAAAGCCAAUUGCUGUUGGAAGUUCAUCUAUGUUGUCCACAUCAAAUUAUGAAGCCAGAAAGUAUGGUGUUCGUGCUGCUAUGCCUGGUUUUAUUGGAAAGAAACUUUGUCCUCAACUUGUUAUUGUUCCCUGCCAUUUCAAAAGAUACCGAGAAAUCAGCAAUAAAGUUAGACACAUCAUUGAAGAAUAUGACCCAAAUUAUUCUCCAGCCAGUUUGGAUGAAAUGUACUUGGAUUUAACUGAAUACAUCAAGCACCAGUACAAGAAACAGACACAUCAAAAUAUCUGCUUAAAACAAGAACCUACUGUGACAGAUGCUUCAUAUGAGACAUGUCAAAAAUGUUCUAUGAAUGUUCCUAGAGAGGAUCGUGAUCAUUUAGCCUACAAUAUAGUCAAGGAAAUUAGGGAACAAAUUUAUGCUGUUACUAAUUUAACUGCAAGUGCUGGUAUAGCACCAAAUGUUAUGUUAGCUAAAGUAUGCUCUGAUCAGAAAAAGCCAAAUGGACAAUUUCAAAUCCUUUCUACGCUUGAAGCUGUCAAUUCUUUUGUAUCCUCAAUGCCUGUGAAAAAAGUUUCUGGCAUUGGACCUGUAACAGGUCAAAUUCUGAAUGCUCUUGGCAUCCACACAUGCUGGGAUAUGUGGGAGAAGAGAGAUGUGAUUCCCAUUCUGUUCAAAGAAUCAUCAGCUGAUUUUUACAUGAGAGUAGCAUUAGGCAUUGGCAGCACAGUAGUCAAGAGUGAUUAUGUACGGAAGAGUAUUGGAACAGAGCAAACAUUCAGAGAAAUAAGUCAUCCUGAAGAUUUGCAUACAAAGUGCCAAGAACUCUGUCAAGAAGUUGUAGAGGAGCUUAAAUUGUGCAACAUGGUGGGUAGAGUAGUUGUAUUGAAAUACAAAACAACUAGCUUUGAUUCACAUACUAGAAAUCAUUCCCUGCCCUACCACACUGCUGAUGAAGAAGUGAUUUAUAAUACAGCCAGAAAGUUACUGGAUUCAGAAAUAGCAGCUGUUGCUCCCAAACCCCUCUGCCUCAGGCUCAUGGGAAUACGAAUAGUUAAUCUAAUAUAUGAAGAUAUGAUUCAGAGUGAUGAGAAACAAAUCAAAAUAAAAGAUUUUCUGAAGCCUAAACUUACUGAAAACCAAACUUUAUGUGAAGAGCAGACAACUAGCACAGACUCUUAUCAAAAGGAUCUUGAAGAAUGCAAAGGGAACACUUGUAAAGAAAAUGAGACUUCAAUAUCCAGUGUAUCAUCUAAACCGGCCACAUCAGAGGUGUUGUAUAUAUGUCCUGUUUGCAAUGCAAGCCAAAUAAAAACUUUAGAUGAACUUAAUACUCACAUAGAUAAUUGCUUGAAUAAAGCAGCUAUUAAAGAAAUUCUUUCUGAAGAUCAGCUGGAGAGGAAAAGAAAGCAACCAUGGCAGGAAAAACAAAAUGUAAAGAAGAGAGCUUUCCAUAAAAGUGAAAGAAAAAUAGAAGAUUAUUUUCAUUGAUAUGAUUUAUUAUUUCUUUAAUGUGACUAAUGUUAUGCUCUGUAUAAAUAGAGCAUCUUUCUAUGAGCUUGCAAAAAUAAGACUUUAAUUCUUUAUUUAUAUAUUUUAUAAAUUUUGUUGUUUUUAUUGAAAAUAUAAGAGGGCUAUAGAAUUUUACCUUGAUGUUAUAGAUCAUAUAUAUAAAUUAAAUUAAUGAAUGCAUUCUCUUAAAAAAAUUAAAAUUGAUUUAAUCUGUGGUAAUAAUGUAGAUAUUUGAAUAUUUUAAUGAAAUCUUAUUUUGCCAUUACUAUUUUAAAUGUAAUUGUCAAGUUAAUUAACUGCAAGAAUUGUUCUUUUCUUAUUUUAAUGUUAUUUUGAUCACAAAAGAAAAAGUUAAGAAAUUACUGACUUCACUGAGGUUUAUUUGAAUUAUGACUUCACACUCCCUUACCAAAUCCCAAUAAUAAAAUAAAUUGUCCAAUACUCUAGUCUAAUUAAUUAUAUUUAAUUGUAUUAUUUUUUAAUUAAUAUUAUAUAGCUUUAUCAUGUGAAUAUUUGUUGCAUUUAGAAUUGCUAUUUUCA